GGGGGUGUGGCUAGCUAGUAGUGUGACCGCUAGCUAGCUCAUAAGCCUCUUAGCUUGCUGUAUAAAUAGCCUGAUCAUCUAGAAAGCUGCUCCCAAGCGAUGGUGUAGGGCUAUCAGUACCAGAACUGUGUUUAGCUGUUGUGUCUUGUCAGGUCUUGCUAAGUGUUGUGUGUGCUUAUGGCGACGCUAAUUGGACUGGAUCCUCUGGUCGAGUCAGCCGCCUACCCCAUCGGCGGCCCGGUCGAGCCAAGGAGAUUAGACAAAGAACCUGACGCUGUAAAGCUUUUUGUGGGACAAGUACCCAAGAACUUUGAAGAGGCAGAUCUUCGUCCUUACCUGGAGGCUUUUGGGCCCAUUUAUGAGCUGUGUAUCCACAGAGACAAAGCCACCAGUGCUCACAAAGGUUGUGCAUUUGUCACCUUCUGUUCCAAGACCAGUGCUGAGCUGGCACAACAAGAGCUUCAUGAUAAAACUGUUCUGCCUAACAUGACACGGCCUAUGCAAGUGAAGCCUGCCGGGACUGAUGCUAGAUCAGAAGAGCUGCGUAAGGUGUUUGUAGGCAUGCUCUCAAAGAGUGCCACUGAAGAGAUGGUGCUGGUCAUGUUUGAACCAUUUGGUUGUGUGGAGGAAGUGACUGUCCUCAAGGAUAAAGAGGGCCACAGCAAAGGUUGUGCCUUUGUCAAGUUCAAGCUAAGACAAGAGGCCCAAGCAGCCAUUAACCAGAUGCAUGGAUCACAGAUAAUGCAGGGGGCCUCUUCUCCGCUGGUGGUCAAGUACGCAGACACUGAGAAGGAAAGACAAGCACGACGUUUCCACAAAGCCAUUCAGCAAUUCUCGCAGCUCAAUAUAAACCCCCUCACACUUGUGCAGCCCACCACCAACCCUCACUACUAUUACCCUCACCAGUUGAUGCCAACGUUGGGGCCUGCUGGGUUCUCACAACCAUCAGGACUAGGGCUCUUGUCUCCAACCAGCCCCUCCCCUCUCACUGCCCUCUCUGGGGAACUGCCUACACUCACAGUGGAGGCCUCCAUGCCUACCAACACUCAGGGACUAGCUGCUCUUGGUAAUGGACCCUCCACUCUCUCUCCCUCCCUCACAUCGGACCCUCUGCAGAGCCCCUUGCAUAGCCCACUACACGGCUACUCCCCUGGAGCCACUGGUCUGCCUUAUGGUACCUCUGCUUAUCCCUACUCCUUUGUACAACACUCCCCUUCUGAUCAGCCUCUGCCUCAGAAAGAAGGACCUGAGGGAUGCAAUCUCUUCAUCUAUCAUCUCCCUCAAGAUUUUGGGGACUUGGACCUACAACAAAUGUUUGCACGUUAUGGGAAUAUCGUGUCUGCCAAAGUUUUCAUUGACAAGAUCACCAACCAGAGCAAGUGUUUCGGGUUCGUGAGCUAUGAUAAUGCUAUGGCUGCUCAAACUGCCAUUGCUACAAUGAACGGGUUUCAAGUGAGGAACAAGAAACUCAAAGUUCAGCUAAAGAAGCCGCGAGAUUCCAGAAGGCCCUAACUAAACAGGUACUGUCAGAAAGAUGUCAGAAGAAUAGUGUCUCUAUUUUGUAACUGAUUAAAUUAUUGAAUAUGUAGGUCAUAAUUAUUUUAGAAGUUUUUACAGUUCAUAGUUCGCCCCUGCUGCACGUACUGUACUUGAGAUCACAAAGACUUUAUUAAUUUUAAGAAACACUCUCUUUUUGAUAAAUUGAUAAAUUGUGAUUGUUAUUAUUGCGAA